UUGCGUUGAAGAUGGUGUAAGAAGAGAGAGGGGACUCCAGUUUGCUGCAUUAAGCCGCAAAGUGAGGGACACAGAAAAGAAUGGGGUCCUUGUCGUUGGUGCUAAUUCUUCUGUCUCACGCCUGCGCUGUGAGUGCUUCAGAUUCGCGUCUCCACAAUGAUAACAUAUUUAUCCUGGCCGGACAGAGCAACAUGGCUGGACGCGGUGGCGUUAUUAACGGAACCUGGGAUGGAAUUGUCCCUUCCGAAUGCCAACCCAACCCAUCCAUCCUCCGACUCACUGCCGGACUCACAUGGGUGGAAGCUCGAGAACCCCUCCACGCUGACAUUGAUACAAACAAGACAUGUGGGAUUGGACCUGGGAUGGCCUUUGCCAAUGCCGUGUUGAGGGACCCUGCCUUUGGGAUUGUGGGCCUGGUUCCUUGCGCCGUCGGUGCGACCAACAUAAGCGAGUGGUCUCGCGGGACUUAUCUUUACACCCAGUUGGUGAGGAGAGCAAAGGCGUCCCUGCAGCAUGGUGGAAAGAUUCGAGCUCUUCUCUGGUAUCAAGGAGAGAGCGAUUCUAAGAGUCCAGAGUAUGCUAAGUCCUACAAGGGUAAAUUGGAGAAAUUCAUCCUGGACCUGCGCACUGAUCUGCGGUCUCCUAUGCUACCAGUGAUCCAGGUGGCUCUAGCAUCAGGAGGACCAUUUAUAAAGAUAGUGAGAGAAGCUCAGCUGGGAGUUGACCUUCCCAACGUGACAUGCGUGGACGCCAUGGGACUGCCCCUAGAACCUGAUGGAAUACACCUCACCACCCCGGCCCAGGUUCGACUUGGAAAGAGGUUGGCCAGUGCUUUCCUUCAGACCGUGCCCACGCCCAUUAGCAAUAAUACUUCCAAAAGGUUUUCCUCUUUCAUUUCUAAUUCUGUUAUGGAUCCAUUAUUUAGAUUUACCCUAAUGAUCCUAACCAUCCCAUUGUCUUACAUGAUGUAAGCCAUAUCAAUGCCUAACAUUCUUUGACAUCAAAUUCUUGUCCAAUUUGGAAAAACUGUGUUAUGUAUGGAAUUUUUUUUUUUCCAACAAAUUAACAUUGCUCCAUGUACUAAAUUUGAUUUAUUCAACGUAUUUGGCCCAAUUUUACACAAAUAUUCAAAAUUCUAAAACCAUCUAAACAAACCAUUACAUAAUCCUUUUGAGAUAUUUGUGGUCCUUGGAGUAUCAUAUUCUAUUACCAUUCUAAAUAUAUCCUUGCAUAAUCCUUAAUAUGCAUAAUAUGCCUUAGCCCUUUCGUGCCAAGUAGGUUACAUCUU